GGCGCGGACAAGUGCGCUGCGCUGCCGCCGCCGGCUGGGGGCGAGUAGCUCUCGAACCGCCGCCGCCGCAGCCGUUGCGACCGCCACAGCGGAGUUCUGAAGGCCGGGAGGUGGGAGAUUUCCCACAUGGUGACUGAGAUGUCGUCCACCGCGGCUCUUUACCUUCUCUCCACCCUUGGAGGGUACUUGGUGACUUCGUUCUUGUUGCUCAAAUACCCGACCUUGUUGCACCAGAGAAAGAAGCAGCGAUUCCUCUGUAAACACAUAUCUCACCGUGGAGGAGCUGGAGAAAAUUUGGAGAAUACGAUGGCAGCCUUUCAGCAUGCAGUUACAAUUGGAACUGAUAUGCUGGAGUUGGACUGCCAUAUCACAAAAGAUGAACAAGUUGUAGUGUCACAUGAUGAGAAUUUGAAAAGGUCAACUGGGAUCAAUGUAAAUAUCUCUGAUCUCAAAUACUGUGAACUUCCACCUUACCUUGACAAACUUGAUGUCACAUUCCAAAGAGAAUGCCAAUGUGAAGGAAAAGAUAAGCGAAUUCCAUUACUGAAAGAAGUUUUUGAGGCCUUUCCUAACACUGCCAUUAACAUCGAUAUCAAAGUCAACAACAAUUUGCUGAUUAAGAAGGUUUCAGAGUUGGUGAAACAGUACAGACGAGAACACUUAACAGUGUGGGGUAAUGCCAGCUAUGAAAUUGUAGAAAAGUGCUACAAAGAGAAUCCAGAUAUUCCUAUUCUCUUCAGUAUGCAACGUGUUCUUCUCAUUCUUGGUCUGUUCUUCACUGGCCUUUUGCCCUUUGUGCCCAUUCGAGAACAAUUUCUUGAAAUUCCAAUGCCUUCUAUAAUGCUGAAACUAAAAGAACCACAUACCAUAUCCAGAAGUCAAAAGUUUCUCAUCUGGCUUUCUGAUACUUUACUAAUGAGAAAAGCAUUGUUUGACCACCUUACUGCCCGAGGCAUUCAAGUAUAUAUCUGGGUAUUAAAUGAAGAACAAGAAUACAAAAGAGCUUUUGACUUGGGAGCAACUGGGGUGAUGACAGAUUAUCCAACAAAGCUGAAGGAUUUUUUACAUAAUUUUCCACAUAGAAAAGGAGAUCCUCAGUAGCAUUCAAGGAAAAAAUGGGAAGACAUACGAGAAAAUAUUUCACCAUCCUUUCCCAAAGCCAUUAUAUCCAGAAUGGUUAAAGGUUUAAUCAGUUAAGUUUUAAAUUACCUCAUUUUUAAUCCUGUCUGAGAAUGUAGAAAUUAUAUAUUGUAUAUUUAUUUUAAACAAUAUUGCAUAUUUUACAUUUGUAAAUAGUUUGUUAGGAAAGAUAAAUGUUAUGAGAUGUAAGUAGAAGAUUAUUAUCAAGAUUUCUGUAUAUGAUUCAGUAUUCUACUAUUGUAAUUCUGAAAUCAAAGACGGAUAAAUUUGGCAUUAGCCUUCACUGAAUAAGAUCAACUUAGUAAAACGAAAUUAUUGAAGGCCUCUCCAGCUCUUCCAAGUUUUCCUGUUAUUCCUUGGUACAUCUUAGUGAAAGGUGGAAAUCCAGUGGAAGGAGAACUUGGAAAUCAGUGAUAACCUGGCAAGUUGUACCUUGCCAGGUUUAUUACUUGAUCAGAAUCAAAAUCUGCAUACUGAAAUAGAUUUUUUGGUGGUUGCUUACAGGGACAUUCUACUUGGAAUCAUAUUCAGGUGUAUAACAGUGCUGCCCUUCCCUUACUUUUGGUAUACAUUAAAAUUGGACUUAUCAAUAGUAAAUGAUAGUAAGAUCUAAAAAGUCUUAUUUUUAUUUCCUCAAAAGAAAUGUAAAAUAUCCACUUUUGUCAGUGACUAAUUGUUUGGGCCUACAUCUAGAUUUUAAGUAGUGUCUUGAAUCCUAAUAAUCACAUGAAACUGAUGGAAGUAGUAUCAUUGGUUCUGACACAUAUAGUAUAAACCACCUGUUCUUAAUUUUUUAAGAAAUUAUUCUUCUGAGUAUUAAAUGGUGACAAAAUUUUCCAAAGCAUUAGGCAUCAUUUUUCUGAUGUGAUUUCAUGUAAACCUGUUUCUAGUAUUUUUCUUACUUUCAUUAUCUCUUUGGAGGUAAAUUUUAUCUGUAAUAAUAAAUGUCCUUUAUCUAUACUAUAUCUCACACUUGGAGUUUGCCAGCUAACAGCUAUGAAGGAUGAUCAAACUCUCGCUUCUAUUGUUGGGAUGACAUAAGUAACAUUUGAUUUUUUUGUUUAAAUCAAAAUAAAAUUUUUCA